UUUCUGCAAACACACGGUCAGUUGUGUCAUAAUAAUAGGAAAGAUACGGCGUGCAGCUGCUGGAGACAUGCUCCGUGUCAGCGAUCCUACAGCCAAGAGUGAUCCGCUGUAGUACAGCUCGGUUCAUACUGGGUGGAGCCCAUCAGUCUCCAGCAACAGGUUCAGACAUACUGAAGACAGCACUGACAGGAGGAUAGGAUAGAGGAUAAUUUGCCAUGGAAUCUUCACUGAAGAGUCUGGUUGAUGAUGAUAGCAGGUACCAGAAAGCCUUCCAUCUUUUUCUGGAGCGCUCCUCUGAGCAUCAGUGUAUGCGGGACUUCAUCCACAAUAUGCUGCCAGGUAUACUGGCCAGCAUUGGAGAUGGAAAGCGCCAUCUAAAUGUCAUUGGAGUUGGGAGUGGAGCUGGUGAGAUUGACCUUGAGAUGCUCUCCGAGCUCCGUCUGAAGCACCCAGGGGUGACUGUGGAUAACGAGGUGGUGGAACCAAGCAGCACACAGCUUCAUAAAUACAGAGUUUUGGUGUCACAGAAACCAGAUUUAGAUUACAUCAAAUUCACCUGGAACAAGAUGACUUCCUCUGAGUUUGAGGAGCACUGGAGAGUGAAAAAGAUGACUAAGAAGGCUGACUUCAUUCACAUGAUACAGAUGCUGUACUAUGUGAAGGAUCCUGGAGCUACCAUCAGCUUCUUCCAAAGUCUCCUUGACAAGAGUGGGAAGCUUCUUAUCAUUCUGGUGUCUGGUGAGAGCGGCUGGGGAAAGCUGUGGCGGACCUACAGGAACCAGCUCUGCAGCACAGAAAUAAGUCAGUGUGUAACCACAGGAGACAUAAAAAUCUUCCUGGACUCCAAGGGAGUGAAGUACCAGAGCUACGAGCUGCCAUCUCAAAUGGAUAUCACCGAGUGUUUCACUGAGGGGGAUGAGAAGGGGGAGCUGCUGCUUGAUUUUCUCACUGAGGUGCAGGACUUCAGUAAGACAGCCCCACCUGAGCUGAAAGCUGGUGUCUUGGAGUUACUUCGGCACCCAGACUGCAGUGUGGAGUCCAACAACAAAGUUAUCUUCAACAACAACCUUGGAGUGAUAGUCAUAGAUGAUCAGCUCACUUAAAAACAAGCAGUUAAUAUAAGAAAUAUGAAAUUAGCCACAGAUCAAUAACAUACUUGAAUUAUUUUUAAAUUGAGUGAUUGUUAAAAUUCUCUACUGUGAUUACAUGUGUUUUUUUUCUUUUUUCUAUCAACAUUUUCUAUUGAUACCAGUAGUAGUUAAUUCUUUUAUGUGCCCGUGCAGAAAGAAAAUGGCUUGAUUGCAAUUUUUAUCCAAACACAUUUGUUUUGUUGUCAUGAAAUCCCAAAUUUUCCCAGAAAAUGUUAAGAUCAGAGUUUUAAUCAGCGUCAAACGUCAAACCUCAGAUUCCACCAUGAUGGCAUUUUUAAUGGGCUACAGCUGGCAGACUGUGUUACAAACGCCAUUACACCAUUGCUCCCAUUGGAUCAUAUUACUGUGGACGUAUGAAAAUAAAUGGAAAAUUUAACAUUUAAUUUUCCAUGCAGAUUGAGCUGUUAAGUUUGGAUGAGAUGGACACUCCUGUGGGAGUGUUUGAAUUUUGUCUUUGAUUGUGAAUGUAAUACAUUGAAAUGAUUGCAGAUUUCACUAACAUUAAUGAGAAAUGAUUGGACAAAUUAAAACCAGGACCUUUUUAUGCUUGCCUUUCUCGUUUGCAUUGUAGCUGUUGUAAAAUGAACGUGGCAUUUUGUAAUAUAAUUAUUUAAUCCAGUCCAAUUUCCAUGUUAUCAUUGCUAAACCUUUCAUUGUGAAAAUACACAAAUUACAUUUUGUCCUGUCUCGUGUCAGUGAGAAGGAUUCUAACAUAGGAGGCAUAAAAAUAUGGUGGCAAACUGUGCUGGACUAAUUGACUGGAAGAUCAAGCAAUGUUACUAACCACACGAUGGAACUGAUGUGAUUGAUAUUUGCUUUAUUAUGUCUUUCCCCAGUGCCUACUUUUGAUUGAUUUGGGGUCUUCAGUGUGGUUUACAGUUGCUAAAUUAAACAUAUCAACCAUCCAGA